AUGGCUCAUUUGGUGGUUAUCAACACGUGGGGAGUCAUCAAUUCCUUCGGUGUUUUCCAGACAUACUAUGUCUCAACACUAAAAGGAGCAUCUGCGGAUAUCAGCUGGAUCGGAAGUAUGCAAGUAUUCUUCCUUUUCUCAAUUGGGGUAUUCACUGGUAGCUUUCUCGCAUCCAUCUCUACCACCUAUACUCAGUUGUUCUUCACACAAGGCGUCUGUAUAGGUAUCGGAAUGGGCUGCUUGUUCUGCCCAAUAGUGGCUGUUGUGUCAACAUACUUCCGUUCUCGAAGAAACCUUGCCAUGGGAAUCGCCAUCAGCGGCUUGGCUACCGGUGGCAUCGUUUUUCCGCUUAUGGUCCGCGAGCUGCUGCCUCGCCUUGGAUUUGCCUGGACAAUGCGGUGCUUAGGCUUUGUCCAGCUAGCAAGCCUUCUGAUUGCCAAUGCCUUCACACGGACCCGGGUGCCACCGAGGAGAGCUGGCCCUCUCAUCGAGUGGAAUGCGUUCAGAGAUCCUGUCUUUACCUUCUUCGCGCUCGGCUCUUUUUUUAACUUCUGGGGUGUUUACUUUGCAUUCUAUUACUACCCGCAAUCGAUCAAUCUGCUGAUGAUCAUUAAUGGAAUUGGAGCCAUUGGUCGGAUAGUACCAGGGCUGGUCGCUGACCGCUGGUGCGGACCACUCAACGUCAUCAAACCAGCUACAGCCGUCAUUCGAACCGAAGCGGCAAGCACGUCAUGGGCGGUGCUUUGGCCGAGUCAUGCCUAG